UUUGUCUAGAAAGAUCGAGAUGCCUGAUUCGUGUGCAGCUUGGGGCUGUAAAAACCGUCGAACAGCCCAAUCCAGAUCUCUGGGAAUUACCUUUCACAAGUUUCCCAAAGCGAAAGAGGUGAGGAGGCAGUGGGAAAUAGCUGUAAGAAGAAAAGGUUUUUCAGCCAGUCGGUCCUCCGUGCUCUGCAGUGAGCAUUUCAAGCUGCAGGACUUUGACAGCACAGGACAGACUGUCAGGAUUAGAAAUGGAGCUCAACCAUCUGUCUUCAAUUUCCCGAAACAUCUACAAAGACCAGUGACAAGCAGGACAACAAAAACCUCGAGGAAGGCUGAAGAGAAGCUGUCAGUGGACACUUUUCCAAUUUUGAAAGAGACUGAACCUCUUAUUGUUGACCACUCCUAUGCAUUGCCUUCAUCUCCCACUGAUCUUAAGGCCAGACUCGUUGAAGCCUUGGCUAGGGUGGAGAGUCUGGAGCGAGAGAUGAGGAACGUGAAGGACCGAGAACGGAGGGCAAAGAAGAUGGUGCAUGGUCUUCUGGAAGAUCUGAGGAGGAAUCGCCAAUCCCCCUGUUUUGUAAAAAUAAAGCAUAAAUUGUACAGGACAAAACUUAGAAACUUGCACAUCAGGUAGAGCCUAAAGCUUUUUUGUUGUUGUUAUAAAUUAGGUUUUAUUUAUUAAAAAGAAGAAAAAAAAA